AUGGCUUCUUCUUCUUCACCACGUCCUAGAGAUGACAACAGCGCAAACAGUCCUAACAACAGUAAAAUCGACAUUGCUGAGCAUGAUGAGGAAUUUGCUGCAAUGGCUUCCUCUUCAUUACCACUCUCGGUAAUCGAUGACAGUCCAAACAAUCUUAACUGUAGUACCAUCAAUAUGGUGCAGAGUGCUGAUGAAUAUGCUUCAGUCUCUUCCCUUUCAUCAUCGGAAAGCAAUAGGAUCAUCGAAAUUGAUCACCUUACCGAUGAAUUUAUUUCAGUGGUUUCCUCUAGCAGCUCCGUCACUGCAGAAUCAUAUAAAGAAGAUUUAACCUGUUUCUUGGAACUGUACCAAGCUGUACUCAAUGGUGACUGGAAAAGUGCUUCAAAAUUCUUGAAUCACUAUCCAAAUUCAAUCUAUGCCCCGAUCGGAACAGAUGGUGCCCCAGUGCUUCACAUAGCAGUUGAGUUAGGACUGGCCAACAUCGGUUUCGUGGAGAAGUUGGUUGAGUUAAUGCCAAGUGAGGCACUGGAUCUACGGGACUCUGAUGGCGCCACUGCCCUUUUCAACGCUGCAAGGGCUGGCAAUAUAAAAGCAGUCAAGUUGUUAGUGAACAAAAACCCAGGCUUGCCCAAUAUCUGCCAACGCAACAAAUUUGCGCCUCUUCACACCGCUGCUAGGUAUGGUCAUAAAGAGCUGACUUUAUAUUUAUUAAGCGUCACCAGAGAUGAUGUAGAUCCAAGUCCUUUCGCAGCCAAGCCUGGAUUCGAACUUCUGCGCAGAGCACUAAUGGUGGGGUUUCAUGAUGUAGCACUGUAUCUGGUUAAACGUUAUCCUCACCUUGCCACAUGCAAUUUCGAUUCCGCCUACCUCGAUGAUGCUAAAGAUUCUGAUGAUGCUAAAGAUUCUGAUGAUGAUAAAGAUUCUGAUGAUGCUAAAGAUUCUGAUGAUGAUUUUGCUCCUUUGACGGUAUUGGCUAAAAGGCCUUGGGCUUUCCGAAGUGGAAGUCGCUUCAACUUAUGGCAACUCAUAAUAUAUCACUGUGUUCUUGUGAAAUUAAACCAUUUUCUUAGUCAACCUAAUAGAGGAGGCAGGGAGAAUCAAGUUGGUAGCUGUGACCUAUCCACACAAAUGUGCUAUUAUUGGACUCAAUUUUUCAAAGCUUGCCAAAAGGCGAAUGCAAUAUUCUGGGAACUGGUUGGAUGGUUAGUACCACCCAUCAAGCACAUCCAAGAAACAAAAACAAUGCAUUCUCAGACUCUUCAAUUGCUUAACCACCUAUGCACUAAAGUUAAAGAUUUGGAAGUACCAAGAGCAAAGGAAAUAUUUAGCCAAUCAUUCAUUAAUGGGGCAAAAUAUGGAAUUCCCGAAAUUCUGGAAAACAUUCUAAAGUUAUAUCCUUUUGCACUUCAGUAUCUGGAUGAGGAAGUAUUCGAAUUGGCAGUAUUAAAUCGUUAUGAAAAGAUUUUCAACUUCAUCUGCAAAACUGGUAUGCAUAGACAAUUUAUAAUACGAAUCAGAGGUGCUUCAAAUAACAAUAUCUUGCAUUUGGCUGGAAAAUUGGCCCCUCCACACCGGCUCAGUCUCGUUUCUGGUGCAGCUCUACAAAUGCAACGCGAGUUACACUGGUUUAAGGAAAUAGAAAAAUAUGCACCGGGAACCUUCAGGGAAUUUGAGAACAAUGACAAAGAUACACCAAAAAUGGUAUUUAUAAAGGCACAUGAAGAGUUGAUAAAAGAAGGGGAGAAAUGGAUGAAAGGCACAGCAAAAUCUUACACAUUGGCAGCAGCGCUUAUUGCUACUGUAGUGUUUGCAGCAGCAAUUUCCAUCCCAGGUGGCAACCAUGAUGAUACUGGCAUACCAAAUUUCUCCAAAGAAAAUACCUUCAAAGUUUUUGCAGUUUCGGAUGCUCUUUCCCUCUUCCUAUCCAUUGCUUCGAUGCUGAUAUUCCUAUCCAUUCUCACGGCACGAUAUGCAGAAGAUGAUUUUCUUUUUGCACUUCCCAGGAGGUUGAUAUUUGGCCUUGUUACUCUAUUCCUCUCCGUAACAUUCAUGAUGAUAGCCUACAGUAGCGCAAUCUAUCUUCUCUUUGGUGAAAAGAAGGCAUGGAUUCUUAUUACCUUGGGUGCAUUAGCCUGUUUGCCAGUGACCUUGUACGGAAUUUUGCAGUUUCCCCUCCUUGUGGAAUUGAUUUAUUCCACAUACGGCCCAGGCAUUUUUGGCAAACAUAGUAAUCGUCUGAUCCGAUAGAUCGACAAUCAUGGUGAGAGUAUUCGACACAAUUACGUACUUUGGGAUUUGCAUCAAAUUCAUGACUGAAUGUAUUGCCUUCACUCUCUUUCUCUCUCUGCUCCUGCGGACAUUUUCUCCUAGAUAUUUCAUUGUAAUUCUAACUUCUGUCAACUAUGAUGAACAGGCUUAAAGCAAACUUUUUAAACUUGGCAAAAUUGACUUUUUGGU